AUGACUAAACCAGAUGCUGCCGAGACUGAAGAUAAAGAACAAAAUACCGAUGAACCCGAAUCUAGAUCUAGAUUCAGGAGAAGCGUUGAGGGGAAAGAUCAUGAGGAUGGAGGAGAGAUGGGAGACAAGUCGAGGAUGGAGGGUGGGUCGGGAGGAUUAGGCGGAUCUGGUGGAGGAGAGUCACUAGCGACUGUGGCGGCAGCUAUGGGAGGAGGCUCCUUAGGGGUUUUAGAAUCGCCCAGGAGAGAGAAGAAAAUUCUUUUUUAG